CAAGUGUAAAUUUAAUGCUUAUAUGCAACCCUUAGAGGUAGGUAUAGCAUUUUCCUAUCAAUAAACAGAAAUAUCGAAAAAUUUGUGUAAUCCCGUGUCAAUUAAUAAAAAAUCCACCUCAAAAACUCGAAAAUCGGGAUAUACUUUUAAAAAAUGAAAAGAGUAGUUAAUUAGUUAAUUCCAAACUUCAAAAUAACGAGCAGUCAAUCAUCUUCUACAUUCUACACAUUAUGAUAUGGCUAAACUCCAACCACACACCAAUUUCAGACCACCAAUGACAACUCCCAUUAGAGCUCCAACUUGGUUCUCCACUAGAAGGCAACUCGAACUCAAAGUUUCUGAACUUCACAAAUGUUCAAAUUUAUCACAUUUGAAACAACUUCAUGCUCAAAUUUUCAAAGCUAAUCUUCAUAAUGACCCUUUUAUAGCACCUAAAUUAAUCUCUGCUUUCUCUCUCUGCCAUCAAUUAGGGUUAGCCAUUAAUGUAUUCAAUCAAGUUCAAUUUCCCAAUGUUCAUUUGUAUAAUUCUCUUAUUAGAGCUCAAACCCAGAAUUCUCAAUCUUCUCAAGCUUUCAUUACUUUUCUUGAUAUGCUUAAUAAUGGCGUUUUCCCUGAUAAUUUUACAUACCCUUUUCUUCUUAAGGCUUGUAGUGGACCCUGUUCAUUGCAAUUUGUUCAAAUGGUUCAUACCCAGAUGAUAAAGUUAGGUUUUUUUGGUGAUAUUUUUGUACCCAAUUCGUUGAUUGAUAGUUACUGUAAGUGUGGGGUGAUUGGUGUUAGUUCUGCUAGGAAGUUGUUUGUGUUCAUGGAGGAUAGAGAUAUUGUUUCUUGGAAUUCAUUGAUUAGGGGGUUGGUUAAAGGGGGUAAUUUGAAAGAUGCUCGCCAACUGUUUGAUGAAAUGCCUGAGAAAGAUGCUGUGAGCUGGAAUAUAAUGUUAGAUGGGUAUGUUAAAGCAAAAGACAUGGAUGCUGCGUUUCAAUUGUUUGAGAAGAUGCCUGAGAGAAAUGUUGUAUCUUGGUCUACCAUGGUUUCGGGUUAUACGAAAGCAGGGGAUUUGGAUAUGGCUAGGUUACUCUUUGAUAAGAUGCCUGUUAAGAAUUUGGUGUCAUGGACAAUAAUAAUUUCUGGGUAUGCUGGAAAUGGAUUCACAAAGGAGGCUAUAUCUUUGUAUAAUGAAAUGGAAAGUUUAGGAUUGAAAUUUGAUGAUGGGACCAUUAUUAGUAUCCUAGCUGCUUGCGCCGAGUCUGGUUUGCUCACACUUGGGAAGAGAGUUCGUUCCUCAAUUGUGGCAACUGGUUUUAGAUGUAGUGUCGCAGUGAAUAAUGCAUUGAUUGAUAUGUAUGUCAAGUGCGGAUGUGCAGAAAAAGCAUUAGUUGUAUUCCAGGGGAUGUCUGAAAGAGAUUUAGUUUCCUGGAACACCAUUAUCCAAGGUUUAGCUAUGCAUGGAGAUGGAGUGACAGCACUCAAGCUUUUCUCAAGGAUGAAAAAAAGUGGUUUUCGACCUGAUAAAUUCACUUUCAUUGGUAUCUUAUGUGCUUGCACUCACAUGGGUUAUGUUGACAAGGGUCUUGAUUAUUUUUAUUCUAUGGAAAGGGAUUAUGACAUUGUCCCCCAAAUAGAGCAUUAUGGCUGCUUGGUUGAUCUAUUAGGUCGGGGUGGGCGUCUAAAGGAAGCUUUGGAGGUUGUGCAGAAUAUGCCAAUGGAACCAAAUGCUGUCAUUUGGGGUACGCUCUUAGGAGCAUGCCGGUUGCAUUACCCUGUGGAAAUUGCACAGGAGGUUUUGAAGCAUUUGGUCAAAGUUGAUCCAACAGAAGCCGGAAAUUUCUCAAUGUUAUCUAAUAUAUAUGCUGCUGCGGGGGAUUGGGGUAACGUUGCAAAUGUUAGACGAACUAUGAAGAAUAUAGGAGUGCAAAAACCCUCUGGGGCUAGUACUCUUGACCUGGAUGGUGAGGUUCAUGAAUUUACUGUAUUUGACAAUUCUCACCCAAAUUCAGAAGGUAUAUAUCAGAUGAUCCAUUUAUUACGCCCACAACUUAAGGAAUCUGGCUGUGCCCCGAGGCCAACAUAUGGUUAAAUAACCAUCAAGCCACUGGCCUUCGUAGUUGUUUGUACUGUGGCGGUAGACUGGUAGGGUACCAUACAUGAGGUCGAAGUUGCUUAACUGUGGAGCAGAUGAUGUACAGUCGUUUUCUCUCUCCACCGCGGCGCCCUCUGUAUCUACAGAACAAUACUUUGCCAGAAAGAGUAAUAAAAUAAGACUGAUUACAGAUUUCAGGGAAGUAUGCUGUGCAUGGCAUCACACUAGCCGCUAGCGUUCCAAAUACUCCGUCAUUGAAUAUUGUUUAGAGUAACUUUAUUGACAUCAAUGAGACCAAGGCUUACCAUAAAGAACCUAUUUUUACCAUAUCUCAACACUAAGAUUGUCGAGAUUAGAAUAGAAUUUCUUAUUCCUGUUAGGCUGUCAACACUAAAUGUUUAUUUUUGACAUUAUUUACGAAUCAAUAAAAAUUACAA